UCCCGCCGCCCCUCUGUGGCGGCUGUGGCGGCGGCUGCAUUGCGCAGGCACGGAGCGGCGGCGAGCGGCGCUCCGGGCCGUCCAUAAUACGUGGUUGUCUGGGGCCGUGCGCGGCGCAGAGCGGAGAUGGGACCGGGGCGGGAGAGCCGCAGCUAGCGCUGCUGCGGUUGCUCGGAACCGGCUGAGGGGGGGGAGCGGUAGGAGGGACAGGUAGGAAGGAUGAGCUCCUAUGCUGACAUCUGCGGGUCCAAGCAUGCGCAGGGCAGCACCGAGGGAGGGUACCAACGCUAUGGAGUUCGGUCCUACCUGCAUCAGUUUUAUGAGGACUGCACAGCUUCAAUUUGGGAGUAUGAGGAUGAUUUUCAGAUCCAGAGAUCGCCUAGUAGGUGGAGCUCUGCAUUCUGGAAGGUCGGACUCAUCUCUGGGAUGGCUUUUAUGCUGAUAGGUUUAACAGUUCUUGUAGUGGGUUUUCUUGUGCCACCGAAAAUCGAAGCUCUUGGGAAAGAUGAUUUUGUUGUGGUGGAUACCCGUGCCAUUCAGUUUAAUGGGUCCCUUGAUAUAUGCAAGCUGGCAGGAGCAAUCUUGUUUUGUGUUGGAGGGUCCACUGUGGCAGCAUGUCUGCUGAUGUCUGCUUUUGCUAAAAGUUACUCCAAAGAAGAAAAGUACCUCCAGCAAAGAUUUAAAGAGAGAAUAGCUGAUAUAAAAGCCCAUGCAAACCCAGUCACAAAAGCGCCAGCACCGGGAGAAUCAAAGAUACCUGUCACUUUGUCCAAAGUUCAAAAUGUCCAACCUUUAUCUGAAACCUGACCCCGGGUUUUGUUUCUCACUUGUAGAUCACUUUAACUGGAAAAUAUCAGCUGUUGUUGGCAUACGUGCUAGUGAAUUACAACAUCGAGUGCUCUGCUGUACAAACACACAGCUGAUGGGAAAGCUGCUCCAAUACAAAUUUAGGAUUGGGAAAAGGGAAAUUAUGUGAUUAGACCUGUGACCAUUAUAUUCAGUAUAUUCGAACAUUUUAGUCUGUGUUGAUCCAGUAAGUCCUUGCAACAACGAUUAGGUGUUUAGCUUAUCAGAUUUGCAUCCCUGGAAAACAUAGGGUGUGUUUAUGACAGCCAUACCAGGAACACCCUACAUCCCACUGUUUAAAGUUUAGAUGAGACAGCUUUUUGUUUAAUUUUCUUCUUGCCUUUAAAAAUACUGUUUAGUCUUACGGCCUGGUUCUGCUGUCUGGGAAGCCAAGAUUCUGCCCUUGUAAUUUGCACUUGUCCUCCUGUCACAUGCUACAGUCUGUAUCAAAGUAAUACUGCACAGGUAAAACAUACGCAACGGUGAGCGCCCUUAAUUUGAUCCUGGUGCAUGUCACUUCCCAGCAAUGUUACUUUCUGGGAAAGACAAGUUAUACUUGAUCCUGAGUUACAGUUAGCCUGUGCAAAACCCACUUUUGUCUUAGUCAUUGCCAUAUUAACAAAAAACACAAAACAAAGAUAAGGAGUUCAUAUGGGAGGAGGAACAUCAUACUUUUGUAUCUUUGGUUUGAUACUGUUUCUUUCGUUAUAUUGUACAAUGUUUGAAGCUCACACAAAAUGUUUUCGUUUUGGCUGAGUAUGGAUUACUAAAUGUGGUUUGACAUGCCCAGGCCCCAUAUUCUGUCAGUACAUUAAUGCCAUGUUAGAUGACCUUAACGUACUUAUCUAAAGACAUUUUGAAAUGCUGUUUAUAUUUUUAUAGAGGAUAGAAAAAGUUAUGCUUAACCAGAUACAUUUGUGUAAACGCUUACCUGAAGACUUGUCCUUUCAUGGAAGACCCUUAAUUAUUUUCCCACCCAGGGCAAUUAUUUCACUAUCUUAAUCUAUGGAUUUAAAUUAAACUGUAUAAAGAAAGAUGUGACAUUUGUACUCUCUGACAAUAUGUGCCACCUUAUAGUUCUGUCUAUUUUUUUGAAUGGAUUGAAUAAAAUUCUAGGCGUGAGCCAGCCAUGGA